GAUGAAUAUAAUUAACAGUUUCAUUCAAGUCAGCUAUCUUCUAGACUAAAUAGCAUACCUUUAUGUGUAUAGUUGUCACUUCUCUACCAAAAAGGAAGGAAACCAGGAUCUUGCAGCACAUCGAGACCGCCGCCAUGGUGAAUCCGGAGCACGUGUUCCAUAUCGCUGAUUAUUGUAUCUUCGCCAUUACUAUUGUAGUUUCGUUAGGUAUCGGAAUAUAUUAUGCAUUAUCUGGCGGAAAACAACGAACGACGUCGGAAUACUUCGUUGGAAAUAGAAAAAUGGCUAUACUUCCGGUUGCGAUUUCGCUGAUGGUGUCAUUUGAAUCAUCCAUAAUGAUGCUUGGUGUCCCAGCAGAGGUGUAUGUGUACGGUUUGCAAUGGAUUAUAGGAAAUGUCGGAUUCUUCAUCGCAAACGUCCUUUCCAUUAUCAUAGUGGUUCCUCUUAUUCAUCCGCUAAGGAUUACCAGCGCAUAUGAGUACUUGGAAUUAAGAUUCGAUUCACACGCUGUUCGAAUUCUUGGAACUGUGCUCGGGAUGCUGAGUUAUACGGCGUACAUGGGGAUCGUUUUAUUCGGGCCUGCCAUAGCGCUUGAAGCAGUAACUGGAUUCCCUCAGUGGGGUUCAAUUGUGUCAAUUGCGGCAGCUUCAGUCAUUUACACUGCUAUUGGUGGUCUUAAAGCCGUUAUCUGGACAGAUGUUUUCCAGUGUGCAAUCAUGUUUGCAGGCGUAUUUGCAGUGCUUAUAAAGGGAACAAUGCAAGUAGGAGGCAUUGGCAAGACCUGGGAGUUAGCGUAUGAAAAGGGACGAGUAAAUAUAUUCAAUUUUGAUCCGGAUCCAACCAUAAGACAUACAUUCUGGAACUUGUUUGUUGGAAGCAUUAUACGUGGUUUCGGACUCAUCUUCAACCAGUCUUCAAUACAGAGAAUCAGCUCCACGCCAACUGUGGACGCAGCAAAAAGAGUAAUGAUGCUCGUCGCACCGGGCUUCUUUUUAUCGGUGACCUUAGCAGGGAUUGAGGGGGUCAUUGCAUAUGCGUUUUAUGAUACUCUCAGAUGUGACCCUCUCAAAUCAAAACAAAUCACAAAUCCGAACCAGAUUGUGCCUUAUAUGGUCAUGGACAUAUUCAAACAUCUACCAGGAAUGCCGGGACUUUUUAUGGCUUCCCUCUUCAGUGCAUCACUCAGUACACUAUCGUCUGGAUUGAGUAGCCUUUCAGCGUUGUUAUGGACAGAUCUUUUGAAACCGCAUGUAAAACCUAUGUCGGAGCUCAAGGCUACAAUAAUUUCCAAGAUAUCUGUCGUAGUGUUUGGUGUGCUGGCGGCGGUUGUUGCAUUUAUGAUUGCUUUGAUAGGGGGCACAUUAAUUCAGAUAUCAGGAAGUCUUUUAGCAGCAUUUAGUGGACCCCUAAGUGGAUUGUUUAUGUUUGGAGCAUUUUGUCCUUGGGGAAAUGCUAAGGGAGCAUUCGGGGGCAGCGUCUUAUCAGCCAUCGUGACUUUUAUUAUUGCAAUGGGACAAAUGACAACAAAAGGCGCGGUAAAGAACACAAGACUUCCAUCUGCACCAAUAGAUUCUUGUCCGGCGAUAGAAGUUGCUAAUUUUGUAGCUAAUAUGACAAUGGCUAACAACACAACAGGGAUUACACUGGCAAAUUUUACAUCAACGAUGUCUACCUUAGCGAGCUCCAUGGGUGCUGUAGAGACUGUUGCCCGAGGUAUUCCAGAACCAUCGGGAUUUAGACGGUUAUUUAUGGUGUCGUAUAAAUGGUUUGGCCCAAUUGGUGUUUUACAAGUCAUGAUUUUUGGUACAAUCAUUUCAUUUUGUACAGGUUAUAAAAAACCUGGAGAGGUGAAAAGAAAGUAUCUUAUACCAUUCUAUGAUAGUCUAUUCCCGUUUCUACCUGAAUGUAUUCGUAGGCCAUUGAGGUGUGGAUACCACUUCGAGAAAGAUGAUGAGGACGAUGACCAUCUCCCAGAAACUGUAUACAACAAACUAGAUGAUAUAAAGGUGGAUGUAUUCCAUGUUGAUCUAGUGAUUGAAAAGCAAAAUGGAGUCAUUGACAAACAACCGAAAGCGGGAAAUCAUGUUGAUGAUAAAACUGGAGAUGCUGUUUUCGUAGAUAAUAAACAAAGCGAUGACCGAAUCAGUAAUGAGGCACACAAUCAAGACGACGACGUUAGGGUGACUCAUUCUGUCGAUGACCUCUCUCCACGGAAAAUGCAAGUUAAAGAUAUGGAAAUGGAUAUACUAAGAGGAGGAACUAGCUCUGACUAUAUUGUUAUGGACAAGUUAGAUGAUAGCAGAGUCCUGAAGUUGAGAGCUAAGAGCAUUGAGAUGGACAUAAAACCGGAAUAAUUAAACAAUACGAAUAUAUCUACCAUUCAUCAUUUUCACAAUGCGUAGAAAAACUUUAAUGGCACUGUAGAGACUGAAUAUUUAAAGAAGGCAAUAUUAAAACAUACUUGUCCACUGUAUUUGUACUGGUACAGAACCCAGGAACACUGGUUAGGUUAACUGCCUGCCGUUAAUGACUGAAAUACUGUUGAAAAACGGCGUUAAACCCAAAACAAACAAACAAAGAAGACGCGUACUGAAACUUUAAAAUCUUUAAAUUUAUUCUCAAAUCGCCUUUCUUACAGUAGCUUCAGAGAUAAAUGUAGUGUAAUAUCCAAUAAAGAAUGACAGCUUGA